AUGAACUUAGCUCGCCAUUCCAUCAGCGCGACCAACCCCGUGAAUCUCAUAGACGCACGCUUCGACGCCGACUUCCAGAUCUUCACAAUCUCGACCCCCGAAGGAUUCGCCGUUUAUCGUGCAUGGCCUCUUGAUCUCGUGCGGAAGCGUGAGCUCUCCGGCGGAACAUUGCAGUUCGUCGUACCGUGCCAUACGUCGUCUCUUCUCUUCUUGGUCGGUGGUGGUCCCAGUCCCUUGUAUCCACCCAACAAGGUCAUCUUGUGGGACGAUGCCAUCGGAAGCGAGGUCGCUGAAUUAGAGUUCCGGGAGAGGGUUCGUGGCAUAGCGUGCCGACGCGGAUGGCUUGCUGUAUCAUUACGUCGGCGGGUGGUCGUGUUCACAGUGGCUGAGCAGGUGACAAGAUAUAAGGAAUGGGAUACCUGCGACAACCCCCGAGGGAUACUGGCAAUAGCCACUGGCGCGUACUCAACGUUGCUUGCCAUUGCAGGGCGACAGAUGGGCCAUGUGCAGUUGAUCCAUUUACCACCUUGUUCACCCCCGGUACCCAAGGGUCCGCCACCCCCUCCUACCCCUCGCAAACAGAACCCUCGCUCAGCGAAGUCUUCGAUAUCCAUGAUAGCUGCUCACACCAGCGACCUUACGACGUUGACCGUUCCACCCUCAGGCAGGCUACUAGCCACUACCUCGUCCAGAGGGACUCUUAUUCGGAUAUGGGAUACACAUACAGGCAAACUAAUACGCGAACUCCGUCGCGGAACCAACAAGGCCGAUAUAUAUGGAAUUGCCUUUCGGCCUGACGAAACUGAGAUCUGCGCGUGGAGUAACAACGGGACGGUGCACGUCUUUGCCGUCACUGGCUCAGAAUCUUCGAAUCGCCAAUCGUCUCUCUCGGUCCUCACUACAUAUAUACCACAUCCCAAGUAUUUUGACUCAGAAUGGUCGUAUGCUCAGUAUCGUAUACCCACACAGUCCUCCCACAUAUACCUAUCCUCCACCUCCAGUCGUGCGCGUCCUGCGGAUCUACCUGACGAAGAUCGCUGCGUAGUCGGCUGGGUGUCAGUCCCGAAUGAUGAUCCUCAGCGGCCGCCCGAGUAUCAGCUUAUCGCAUUGACGUACGGCGGCGGCUGGUACCGACUCGCUCUUCCCGGCGCCCUCGCCAGUCGUGCCGCUUCACCUUCACCUUCGUCUUCCCCCGGACCUACAUCGCAUAAUGUUCCUAAAUCGGGAUCUCGACCGCGUCCCGCUAGCGUGUCGUCAUCAACUUCUAGGGCUAGCAAAGGGAAAGAGAAGGAGCGCAAGGAAGGCAAGGAAGGGAUCACAUGCAUCUUAGAAGAGUUCAGGCGGUUUGGCCGAUGGGACGGAUGGACUUAG